CCUAUCUGGACUCUACAUCAGCAGGAUCAAACACACAUCUCAGCAUAGUGACAGCAACACCUGGCCAAGCACAAUGAGUGCAGAUGGAAGAAGAGAACCCCCUCCCUACAUUGUACCAGUAGAAGGUCAGGGCGAUGGAGUGAAGGUUUACCACGUGCACACGCCUUUCAACCCGGGCACACAGGAGACCCCAGUGUACACAAGUGGAGGAGGCGGCCUCAGCGCUGGCCUCGGCGCUGGCGUCGGUGCCGGCCUCGGUUCAGGUGACUCCGGAGAUGGCAGAAGAAAGUUUGUGAGCUAUGACACGUCGCUGGGGCGAAAUCCAGGCAUGACGACCUGCACCUCCUGCCAGCAGCAGGUCAUGACCAAUGUCGACUACAAAGCAGGGACAUACGCCUGGCUGAUGUGUUUACUCUUUAUCUGCUGUGGGUUAGUCCUGUGCUGCUGCCUGAUUCCAUUUUUCCUGAAAAACUUCAAGGACGCGUACCACACAUGCCCACGCUGCCACAGAGUGCUGCACGUUGAGAAGAAAAAAUGCUGUAAAUGACAACCAUGAGGGCAGAAAUGGACCCAAAGAAAUAAGAAAUAACAUCCUGUUACCUUUAUCUGUGUUUGGGUUACCUGGUAAAAAACAAGCAGUGGCAGACAAAGGUCACAGUUCAAACGUAGCUUAUUUCUAGGGAUGAGCUUUUAGCAUUAGCCGAGGUAAAAUAAAACAUGAAUGACUUCCACAUUAUAUCAUAUUUUUAGCAAAUAGACGAGGAGUGAUUGUGUUGUCACAGUUUAAAUCUCUGGUGAGAGUAAAUCAAACACACCCCAUGCACUUUUUUGUUAGCCGUUUUAUAUUUUUCACAUUUCCUACUUCAUUCGAAAUGAAGGUAUUAUCACAACUUUUGAAUAAUUAACAGCAACAUAAAACAAGCCAAUGCAAUACAUUAGACCAGAGCAGAGAGCAAAUAUUAGCAUAUUUUCUCAUCUGCAGUUAUUGCACAAUAAAUUUGUGUUGAUAUUGUUUUGUUACAAGUUUUUAAUCAAAAAUUUCACUCUGUAAAAACACACUCUGUAGUUCAUUUGUGUUAUAUUUAUAUGUUGUCAGCCAUAAUAAACUCUUAUAAUUCUUAUAUGAAGGGAUGAAGGGCAAUCUUAGUAAGCAUGAAGUUCAAAGAAAAGCUUAUAUCAUGUACAACAGCAGCUGUAAAUAUGAUUUUGACUUUUGCUUGGAUCAUUUGAAUCUUUACCUCCCAACGAGGAUUUGUCCAUGUGUUUUGGUUACAGUGGCAAGGACAAUGCAAAAUUGAAGCAUUACUGUUCUUUGAUAUGAUGUGUUCACCGAGUCACUGAUCAAGACAUUUUGAAUAAUAGUAAUAAUGUUAAUAAAUAAUAUAUUAUAUAACGAAUAAAAUAUGGUCAUUCUAUUCAUAGUUUGAAUAUUUAAAAUCCCUUUUUGGUCAUCCCAGAGAAAUAUGUUUUUGUCUUGUUUGCUCUUUCUUUUACAACUUCUUGAAAAAAACAUCUUUCUGCUUCAAGAUACAAAAUAGAUGUGUAAUAGAAAGCAGGCGAAAUAUUGUUGUGAGCUUUGAAUCCUCUUCAUCUCUGCUCACAUUGUCCCCUGGAUGAAACUGAGUAUGCUUGGACUUCUGUUAUGUACUAUUAACUAUUUUAUAAUAUUAUUAUUCUUAUAAAAGUAGA